UGUAUACAUUGAAAGGACCUACCUAUUUUGAAUGAUCUGUUGAAAACAUUCAAGACCAUAAAAUUUAGAAGACCAAAAUGGAUAUCCGGGGUGCUGUGGAUGCUGCUGUUCUAACCAACAUAAUUGCUGCCAAGGCUGCAGAAGUUUGUGCCAACAAAGUGAACUGGCAGUCCUAUCUUCAGGGGCAGAUGAUUUCUGCUGAAGAUUGUGAAUUCAUUCAAAGGUUUGAAAUGAAAAGAAAUCCUGAUGAGAAGCAAGAGAUGCUUCAAACUGAAGGCAGUCAGUGUGCUAAAACAUUUAUAAAUCUGAUGACUCAUGUCUCCAAAGAACGGACAGUUCAGUACAUACUAACCAUGGUGGAUGAUACAUUGCAGGUAUGUGGACCUUUAUUUAAUGCCUUUGGUGACUUCAUUAUUUUGUGCACUGCACAGUAACAACAGGUCUGGAAGGUUUCACUUAUAGCACUUGUUCUCUUCUAGUGUGUAAUAUAUUCUUCUUCAUUAUAUAAGUUGUAAUUUGCUAAUGGUGGUAAGGAUGGGAAUGUCCACAAACAGGCUAUUUUUGUCAUUUUCCAGGAUGUUAGGUAAUCAAUCUGUAUUUUUUCCACAAUACCUCCAAAUUCUUUGUUGGGCACCACCUGGGCAAGUCACUUGAGGCUCUCCAGAUGCCCUUACAGAUUAUCUGGACGUAUUUACAAAUGAUAAGACUCCUCCUCUCUUAGUCAUUCAGCAGAUUUCAGUGCCCUUAGU